GGCUGCUGUCAGAACACACUUCCACACACCCAAGGCCAGGACCCUGCUGACGUGGCAGCACGCCAUCCUGGCCCCUGACUGCCCCCCACCUCUCUCCGUGGCUUGCCAGCUGCCAUCAGGCCUCUGCCCUGUAUCUGCCACACCUGUCACUGUCUGUUCUUGUCCGCAGAGUGUUGGGGGGAUCAGCCCCUCCUCUGCUGCCCAGCAGAGCAGGCAGUUAGUGGGGAGGGGAGGGAACAUGGAGCGGGGGCCGGUGGUGGGGGCUAGGGCCCAAAUCCAGGCACUGCUGGGUUGCCUGGUCAAGGUGCUGCUCUGGGUGGCCUCUGCCUUGCUGUAUUUUGGAAGUGAACAGGCUGCCCGCCUCCUGGGCAGCCCCUGCUUACGGCGCCUCUACCAUGCCUGGUUGGCAGCUGUGGUCAUCUUCGGACCCCUUCUGCAGUUCCAUGUCAACUCUCGGACUAUCUUCGCUAGCCACGGCAACUUCUUCAACAUAAAGUUUGUGAAUUCCGCAUGGGGCUGGACAUGCACCUUCCUGGGGGGCUUUGUGUUGCUGGUGGUGUUCCUGGCUACACGGCGCGUGGCAGUGACCGCCAGACACCUGAGCCGACUGGUGGUGGGGGCAGCUGUGUGGCGAGGGGCCGGCCGGGCCUUCCUCCUCAUCGAGGACCUGACUGGUUCUUGCUUUGAGCCUCUACCCCAGGGCCUGCUGCUCCAUGAGCUGCCUGACCGCCGCAGCUGUCUGGCUGCUGGCCACCAGUGGCGGGGCUACACAGUCUCCUCCCACACCUUCCUGCUCACCUUCUGCUGCCUGCUCAUGGCCGAAGAAGCAGCAGUGUUCGCCAAGUACCUGGCCCAUGGGCUGCCGGCUGGCACACCCCUGCGCCUUGUCUUCCUGCUCAAUGUGCUGCUGCUGGGCCUCUGGAACUUCUUGCUGCUCUGUACUGUCAUCUAUUUCCACCAGUACACUCACAAGGUGGUGGGUGCUGCAGUGGGCACCUUUGCUUGGUACCUCACCUAUGGCAGCUGGUAUCAUCAGCCCUGGUCACCAGGGAGCCCAGGUCAUGGGCUCUUCCCCCACCCCCACUCCAGCCGCAAGCAUAACUGAAAGAAAUAAAGGCACAUCAGGCCUGGC